CCCCAUCUGUUUUUGCUGGCUGGGCGAUGAUUACAUUGUACGGGGCUGGGGGCGGCCGCAGCCACAGCCGCAGCCGCAGCCGCAGCCGCAGCCGCGGGAUGGGGCGAAGGCGCGGAACCCGCGGACCGCGGGAGCAGCCGCCGCCUCAGUGACCGAGCGCGAGCCGCCGCCCCCCGCGCGCUCGUCGGCCCUCAGCUCAUGCUCCGGCCGAGCGGCGGCAGCAGCGGGAGGAGCAGCCGCCCCCGCCCCCGCCCCCGCCCGAGGAGCUGAGGCGGGAGUCCGGCGGCGGGCAGCGUGGGGCCGCCCAGAGCGAGUCGAGCACGGGGCCGGCGUUCCCGCCGCCACCGUCGGGAGAUGUGCCCGGAGGAAAGCGGUGCGGCCGGGCUGGGCGAGCUCCGCUCCUGGUGGGAAGUCCCGGCCAUAGCGCACUUCUGCUCGCUCUUUCGCACGGCGUUCCGCCUUCCCGACUUCGAGAUCGAGGAGUUAGAAGCAGCUCUUCACAGAGAUGAUGCAGAGUUUAUUAGUGACCUGAUCGCCUGCUUGCUUCAGGGCUGCUAUCAACGAAGGGAUAUCACGCCUCAGACAUUUCACAGCUACCUAGAGGACAUCAUAAAUUACCGCUGGGAGCUGGAGGAAGGGAAGCCCAACCCGCUGAGAGAAGCCAGUUUCCAAGACCUGCCUCUUCGUACACGUGUGGAGAUCUUACACCGCCUCUGUGAUUACCGGCUAGAUGCAGAUGAUGUCUUCGAUCUUCUCAAGGGUCUAGAUGCAGACAGUCUCCGUGUGGAGCCAUUAGGUGAAGAUAAUUCUGGGGCACUAUAUUGGUAUUUCUAUGGAACUCGAAUGUACAAGGAGGACCCAAUACAAGGAAAAUCCAACAGAGAACUCUCUUUGAGCAGGGAAAGUGAAGGACAAAAAAAUGGCUCAGGCAUUCUUGGGAAAACAGUAAAAAGAAGAGGAAGACCCCCCAAACGGAAGAAACUACAGGAGGAGAUUAUAGUGAGUGAGAAGCAGGACAAAAAUUCCAUGGUAUCUGAGCCACAGACAAGAAAUGGGUCCCAAGGGCCAGGUCAAGGCACUUGGUGGCUCGUGUGCCAAACAGAAGAAGAAUGGAGACAGGUCACUGAGAGUUUUCGAGAGAGGACCUCCAUUAGAGAACGGCAGCUCUAUAAGCUCCUCAGCGAGGAUUUCCUACCUGAGAUCUGCAACAUGAUUGCCCAGAAGGAGACUCCUAUGAUUACCAGAAUAGAAAAACAGAAGCGCAAAGAGGAGGAAGAAGAACGUCAACUUCUUAUAGCAGUGCAGAAGAAGGAGCAAGAGCAGAUGCUAAAGGAAGAGAAGAAAAGAGAGUUGGAGGAAAAGGUCAAGGCAGUGGAAGACCGAGCUAAGAGGAGAAAGCUCAGGGAAGAAAGGGCAUGGCUGCUGGCUCAAGGCAAGGAGCUCCCCCCAGAGCUUUCCCACCUGGACCCUAAUUCCCCCAUGAGGGAAGAAAAAAGGAUUAAAGAUCUCUUUGAGUUGGAUGAUGAUUUCACUGCCAUGUAUAAAGUUCUAGAUGUGGUAAAGGCUCACAAGGAUUCCUGGCCCUUUUUAGAACCUGUGGAUGAAUCAUAUGCCCCAAACUAUUAUCAAAUUAUUAAGGUCCCAAUGGAUAUUUCAAGCAUGGAAAAGAAACUAAAUGGAGGCUUAUACUGUACCAAGGAGGAAUUUGUAAAUGACAUGAAGACAAUGUUCAGGAAUUGUCGAAAAUAUAAUGGGGAAAGUAGUGAGUAUACCAAGAUGUCGGAUAAUUUAGAGAGGUGUUUCCAUCGGGCAAUGAUGAAGCAUUUUCCUGGCGAAGAUGGAGACACAGAUGAAGAAUUUUGGAUCAGAGAGGAUGAAAAGCGGGAGAAGAGACGGAGUCGGGCUGGGCGAAGUGGUGGAAGCCACAUUUGCACCCGCUCCAGGGACUCCGAAGGGCCCAGCAGGAAACAACAGCCAGUGGAGAAUGGAGGAAAAUCAUUGCCACCUGCACGCAGAGCUCCCUCCUCUGGGGCUGGUCAGAGUGUCAGCUCUACACAGCUCCCUCCGAAGGUGGGCACACCAAGUAACCAAGGCCUUCCUCGUCCCCUGCAUUAUGGUGGGAUGCCCAACCAGGCACCCCUUUUAAAUCAGAUGAGGCCAGCAGAACCAGGAACAUUUGGCCAUCUUCGAGGAUCAGAUCCUGCCAGUAUAUAUGUCUCCUCCAGAGUCCCAGAAACACACCCUGGGGAGCCUAUGCAGCAGCAGCCACCUUUUGCCUUGCAGCCUCCAGUUGGAAUUAACAAGCAUCGAGGACCCAGGCUGGGCACGCCUGAAGAGAAGCAAAUGUGUGGGGGGUUGAGGCACCUUUCUAACAUGGGAUCACAUCCUGGUUCCUUGCCUCUUGGGCAGAUGAGUGGCCCCAGUCAGGAUAGAAAUAUGUAUCCCCCAACUCAAUUCCAGCCAGGAUUGAUUCCUCCCAGGCCUGGAGGGGUUCAAGCCCGACCCCCAGACUUUCCUGAAAGCUCAGAAAUUCCUCCCAGCCACAUGUACCGAUCAUACAAAUACCUGAAUCGAGUAUACCCUGCUGUCUGGAAUGGGAACCACAGUGCUGCAAACCCAAGACCUUUAGGGCCAGAUGAAAAGCCCCUCAUGGGGCCAGGACCAUCCCACCUGCCUCACACUCUUGGUCACAUGAUGGAUUCCCGAGUGAUGAGACCACCUCUUCCUCCAAACCAGUGGACUGAACAAUCAAGUUUUCUACCUCAUGGUGUUCCUUCUUCAGGGUACAUGCGACCACACUGUAAAUCUGGUGGGCAUCGGUUACAGCCACCUCUAGCACCGAGUCCCCUGUUUGGAGCACCCUCCCAGGUUCUGAGAGGGGUGCAAGGAGGGGACUCCAUGAUGGACAGCCCAGAGAUGAUCGCCAUGCAGCAGCUUUCCUCACGUGUUUGCCUGCCCGGUGUGCCUUACCACCCCCGACAGCCUGCUCCCCCACAUUUACCUGGCCCUUUUCCACAGGGAGCUCACUCAGCAUCAGUUAGUGUGUCAGCCCCCAAGCCUGCCUUGGGAAACCUUGGGAGGACACAGGAUAACAGUGAAAUAGAAGAUCCUGAAAAUGACCGAGAUCCCUUACCUGGGCUAGAGAAGCCACAAAGAGUUGGUGCCUCAGAGGGGGUGUACCUCAGACAACUACCUCACACUACACCACCCUUACCGACCAACAGUAGCAAGCAGAGUUCGCCACAAGAAAGGGAAGCAGAAGGCCCAGAGCUCAAAAAUGACUCCUCAGCAUCUGAAAACAACUGUCAGGCAACAAAGGGCAAAAAUACCUGGCCCUCGGAGAGUGGCUACAUCAGCCCAGCAGCCCAGGGAUGUAUGGGGGACCUCUCCAUUCUGGCAAAUAGAGGAGCUCUGUCUGAAAAUGGAGUGGUGGUUGAAGUACCCACUUGUGGAUCAGAAGGGAAGGGCCCCAGAGGUAAAACAUUGCAGGAAACCAUUUCAUGUUCAGAACAGAACCCAGCUAUACCUCCCAAUGCAGACCCCAAUUUGAUGGAAAGAACUGUCGGUCAGUUUUCUCCCUUGUACAUGUCUGGCCUGGAAUACCCAAAUUCAGCUACACAUUAUCACAUCAGUUCAGGCCUGCAAGGCCUUGGCCCUGUGAUGGGAGGUAAACCCUCAGUAUCACAUCUUCAGCAUUUUCCCUCUAGGGGCUUUCAUACUAACAACCCUCAUUCUGGAGUCUUUCCCCGUUAUCGCCCCCACCAAGGAAUGAGGUAUUCCUACCAGCCACCACCUCAGCCUUCCUACCAUCACUAUCAGCGAACUCCUUAUUACACAUGUCCACAGGACUUUUCUGAUUGGCAGAGACACCUUUCUCCCCUGGGAAGCCCAAGUGGCCUCCCACCUAACCAGCCACCCCCUCCAAGACCCCUCUUCUCAGAUAAGAAUGCCAUGGCUAAUCUACAAGGCUGUGAGACACUAAAUGCUGCCUUAACUUCCCCAACCUGCAUGGAUGCAGUGGCUGCUAAGAUCAUUGCAACUGAUGGGCAGAAUCCUGGUCCAGAGGAAGCGAAGCCAGAUGAAUCUAUGGAGAGGCCAGAGAGUCCCAAAGAAUUUUUAGACCUGGACAACCAUAAUGCAGCUACCAAGCAACAGAGUUCAUUGUCAGCCAGCGAGUAUCUUUAUGGGACUCCUCCAUCACCUCUGAGUUCAGGGAUGGGGUUUGGUUCAUCUGCUUUUCCACCUCAGGGUGUGAUGCUACAAACAAGGCCUUCCUAUACACCUCACCAGCCAGCCAGUCAUCUCCAGCCCAGGGCAUAUUCUUCCCCUGUGGCUGCUCACCCGCCUCACCAUCCAGUGGCUGCCCAGCCCAAUGGCCUCUCUCAGGAGGGCCCCAUCUACCAUUGUCAGGAAGAGGGCCUGGGCCACUUUCAGGCUGUAAUGAUGGAACAAAUAGGCACUGGAAGUGGAAUAAGGAGACCUUUUCAAGAAACAUACAGACCAUCAGGAAUGCAAAUGCAUCCAGUCCAGUCACAGUCCUCUUUCCCAAAGACCCCAGCACCAGCAACAUUGCAGGAAGAGCUGCCACCACAUAAGUCCCAAACACACACUCUUGAUCAGAGCUAGUCCAAGGAGGAAAUAACCCCUAAGAAAACAGAAAGCUGCACAUGAAUACUGGAACACGGAGAAUUUCGGGGAACAAUCCUCGCCCAUCUUUAUUCUUGUCAUCCUGUCACGCCCCCUCACAAUGUACCACCUAAUGCCAUCCAGGAGCUGGAACCAUGCCGCUAGAACCACUCUGCUCAAAUAAUUUGACACACAGCUUACAAGAGUCCUGGUGGUCAGGGUUCUCUUGCAUGGCUGGUAGUCAAGAACAAAUGAAUUGUAGUUAGUGAUGGCUUCCAGGUCCUGAGACUUGUUCAGGAAAAUCAUCUAAAACUUGGGAGGGACAUACAUAAGCAUGGAAUCGAGUGGUGCUUGUAAACUUUCAUGAGCAGCUAAACUCAGGUAUAUAUUUGGGGAAGGAACUACUCAUGGUAUUGUCUUUGGAGCUGGGUCCAGUUUACAGAAUUUUCACGUUGCCUUUUAAAAUAAUUUUUGUUGUUGGUGGUGAAUGUAUGUACAUAAACUGGGAAGAUGGGUAGGAAUCUGGAAAAAAUGGAAGUCCUAACUAUGGUGGGCACACCACACUGGAGUGAUCCUUAUCUGUUUACAAUCACAUCACACUGAAUAUAUCAGCCCAGACAGUUUUAUUCCACUGCCCCUUAACUGUUCAGUUUCUCAGUUUGGAGGCAGAAUCUCUCAUGGCCUUCCAGAAGUUUUUGUCCAGAAGGGAAGACAGGCUGCCCUUUUGUCUGGUGGCCCAGGUCUUAGACUGGGAGAUCAGUGCCCUUCCUGGUUUGCCACCAGCUCUACCAGAGCUGUAAACCAAUUUCUGGAAUUGGGAUCACUGGAGUAUUUUCUUCUUAGAAGAGACAAUUAUUUAUCCUCUUCACAGACCUGCUGGGACUGUGAUCUGGAAGGCAUCACACAAAGCUUUCUGGCACAAAUCACAUUUUGUGGAAGUGACUACUCAGGUUUGUAUAUGUUAGUAUCAAUUAAGAAAUUGCACAGUUUUGAAUAGGGAAAAUGUAUUUUAUAGGUUUACAGUUUGAAUUUAGUAAUAUUUCACUAUAUAGUCUUUAUUUUAAAUGUAAAAUAAGUCAUUGGUGGUUUAAAAUAGCUAUCAAGAACAUGUUCUUGGGAAUGUUUGUCGAAUAUGUGAUAGGAAACAAUUUUACAGUAUUAAAUUACUUUAUUACAGUUUUAGAAGUGAAUUACACUGGAUUCUCCCUGUUUAGCAUUCUGUAUUUGAUUUUAGUUGAGAUGCCACCAAAGUUAGGGCUUAUAUAAAUAUCCCACAAAGAAAGAACUAAGGAAAAUGCCCUGAAAUUAGUAGAUUUUUUUUUUUUUAAGAAUAGCAUAUUUUUAAGCAUGCCUUUAGGAUAAUGGAAAAGCUACCCACAUAUAUUAAUCUGUCCUAUUUACUUAUAAAUUUAUUUGUGAAGUGCCAAUAGGACUUUUCACUCCAACAUCCUUGAUGAAAUGUGAAACUGUCAUUUUUAAAGUUUGUUAAACAUAUGCUAUCCUUAGGAAAAGAAACAGAUUGGAAACAUUUAUGUUAUACACAUGGACCCCAAGACACAGCUCCAGUAUAAGGGAAAUUCACACAAAUAAAAGCAUUCUUGUUGACCUGGCAGUGUGGCUCAUGGCUCAGGCAAGACUGAAUUGAAUAGAGAACACAGGUGCCUGACAACAUGAAUUUUUCUCUAACAGACUUCAAUUUUAAAUUUGGCAUGCUUUUAAGUGGAAUAAGUCUGGAGGCUUUGUUCUAAUUUUAUCCUAGUUUUUGUUAGAAACAUAUUGUGGGCAAAUCUGGUUUAGAGAAAUGCAGAGGUCAGCAUUCUCUGCAGGAAGAGCAGAUUAGGUUUGUGGGUGGGUUUCAACCAGCCCUUAAGCUAGUUAAUGUGGAAGAUAGCAUGGUGGAAGUAUUACUACUUCUAUUUCUGUGUGUGUGCAAAAGCAGGAAAUGACAGACUAAUUAGUCUUUAUAGCUAGCAUAGUUCUGGCUUAGACCUGGUUGUGGCCCAGAGCACUCUGUCACUGACAGCCUUUCUCUUUUUUACAUUAAAGCUGACUUGAGAGGCCUUUUCUCCUUCCUGAAUUAGGAACACACUAACCAUACAUAGGUCCUCUUCCCUGAUGCUAACGCUGUAGGGACUGUUUUGUGCUGAACUCCCUGGAGCAUGGAUAGAAGAGUGGAAGCAAUAAUUGGCUGAUAUGUACCCUUUCUUUCCACCCUGGUUGCAUUUGAGCAGCUGUGUACAUACUGAUUAAGGUAACGGUAACCCUUUCUUCUCACUCCCAGUCCUUUAUCCCCUAUUGUUAGAAGCUGUGAACAGUAUAGGGAAAAAAUCAGUGAAUUCUUUUAUCCUUAAUCUUCCUUGGUGUGUAGAGAGGUGGUGAAAUAAUUAAGGCAGAUGAUAGGAAAUUGAACUACUGUAUUAUAUUAUCACACUGUGAAAAGGGGCAACAGAAACAUGUCAGCCUUGCUACAUCCUGUAGCAUUUGAUUGUGUGUUACAUAUACUUCAUCCCUGUCUGGUAUAUCCUGAGCUUUAACUGGCCUUUGAAGUGAAGAUAUUCUAGAAGACAUCAAGAGCUGUAGGAUUGCAGGAGUGCCCGUGAUAGACUACAAUAGGCUACUCGUCCACACAUUCCCCUAGCAAGCUUUUUUUUUACUCACCUGUUCUUUCUCCUCUGGCACUCUUUCCAAGUGUCUUAAGCAGAUGCAUUUGCCAUCUUCUCUAUUAGGGAAUGAAUGGUGAUAAUGUAACUGGUGAAAUGCAUAUUAGACAGUAGAGUGUAAGAUCCUAAGAAGUCCUGCUCUCAGGGUGAGACUUACACUCCGGAUCACUGCAGCCUUGUCAGAGUGCUGGCACUCAGUGGUCCCUCAGGUCAGCUGCAUUCUGAAGGAUGAGUCUCACACCUAUUUGAUUUUACAUUAAUGGCUAACCUUUAUUGGAGUUGAUAAUAUUUCCCCAAGACCCAAAAUAAAUAAAACAUCCAGAAUGAAAAGGAGAGCCUUUUUUUAAGAUUUCUGGUUUGGAUUUCCCCCCCCCCCCCUCCCUCAGAGUCUGUUCAUUAAAAAAAUUAGGUAUUGGCUAAAAUUUAUUAUGGUAAGCAUUUGGAGAAUAUGGAAGGAUAAAAUAUGCAGAUUCUUGUUCAUAUUUUUCUUCCAUCCAAUUUUUAAAAAUAAAAUGUGAAGUCACUCCAUCUCUCCUUAGGUUGGUUCUUCUGAUCGUUUAUAUGAGCUUAUUAUUAACAGUGAGCCCAACAGCCCUCAAAAGGCAAACUUUUCCAUGCUCAUCUUCAUUUUUUGUGGUUAUUUUUGUGGUAGUUUGUACCUUUUAGUUCAGUUAAACCUCAGCUUGUGAGUGUCAAUUUGCCCUAGCCUAGUCCUCAGACCUUGGAAAUGCUUGUCCUGACUAACUAUUUGGUGUCUGUGGCACUUACCUGCUGUAUCGUUAUUUAUACUAACUGCAACUGUCCAAAACACAAAAUUCCUUUGUUGGUUGAACUUUUUUCUUGCUUUUUUUUAAUGGACUUUCAAAUCUGUACGUAAAAUACUACUCUUAAGACGUGCUUUGAAACUUCACAGGAAGUCUUAAUCCAGCAGUCCCAAAGCAAGGACAAUUACAUAGUGUCAGAGUCCUGAUAUGCUUUCAGAGAAACUGUUAUUAAGGAAAUGAAAGGCCUUGUUUUCUAGCAUUAUUGCUCUCCUUUGUGUCUAUCAGUCCAUUUGCUCUCCCCUCCCCACUACUGGAUUCUGCAUGGAGUUUAGUUGUAAGAAUUGGUUCUGUGUAUGAGAGUGAAGGACUGUUCAAACCUGGGGCUUUCUGCAGUGCAGUAUUCUGCAGACAGCACUCUGUUCAACACUACGGUGAGAAGAUACUUGGAAUUUUGGUUGAGCAUGCAGAGGCUCACAUCCCUGUUUGGGAAGCAAGACUGUGAUUGAUGCUUUCUGUGUGAGAAGAAACCAGACCCCCUUUUUCUUUUUUGGUAGGUUGGAAUCUACCAUGCAUCCUUGGAGCACUGAGCCAUGUCUUCUCUCAUAUGAAUCUGUGCACAAGCUUUGUCUGCAGGAUGAGCUUUAUCCUCUGUUUUGUAGGACCUUUGUUAAACAGACUUUUGGAGAAGCUGCCUCCUGGCUAGUCUCUUUAAUUCUGCACCAGAGAUUUACUGAACCUUUAUGUAGAGAUGCCUGAUAACCAACUAAUUUUCCUGUGCAUUGGGAUUGGAAACGGGUAUGGAUAUUUAAUAAGUUACUGAAAAUUCUGAGCCCCUAUUCAGAUGCUUGUGGGACCCCUUUUCCAUAACUGGGAUCAGGCACCUCAUCGUCCUGCCUUGCACACAGCUCCUGGGAGCCCAGGCCAGUGUCCACUAGCCUGUGGCACACAGCGUCAGGGAUUCUUUGUGCCUGCUGCAAAGGCUCCGAACUUUGCUGGCCAGUACUGGAAAGGGGAAUGGUAUUUAUUUUUAUAUUGUGUAUAUUUUGUCGUGCUCUGCUGAUGCCCUGUUUAAGAGAGACACUUACCUCAAUAGUUCAAUAUUGUGCGUUGGUUAAUUUUUUGAAAGAACUUUUUAAAAAGCUUUUUGAUCUUUGGAGGUCUGUAGAUUUAUUUCCAUAUGAACUGGUUAUUUUGUAUAAAGUACAUUCUUAAAAUAGCAA